AUGUUAAUCCAAUUAUAAAAAAUUAUAAUAAAUCCCAAGAAAUUAUAAUAAGAUUUUUUCUGUAAAUAUUUGAGUAUGUAGAAUAUAAGGUUGGCACUCUUUAGAAUCAUAUCAAUCUCUUUUAUUAACAAUUAUAACAAUUUUACGAUGCUUGCUUUUCUUGUUUGGGCAAUUGAGUGUUUCUGAUAAUUCACGAUU